UAAUAACAAACCAUAAAACCAUGUGAUCAAUUAUGGCUGCAUAUACAUGUUUUAACUCUAAUCACUGUCUAAUUUUUAUUCAACUUAUUAAUAAUUUUUAUUAAAAAUGUAAAACAGAAUUAUUUUGUUAUAAAAAUGAAGUGACUCAUGUCAUCGCAUCAGGAAACAACGAAUGAGAAAAUUAUUAUUAAUUAUACAUUAUAAGUUAAAAUAAUUAUUAGGGAUGAGUAAAAACAUGAAUAUUUAAUUAGAGUUUUAAUAUGAAAAUUUAAUUUAUUAUUUAAGUUUUAAUUACAAUUAAAUAAUGUAUUUUUUAUUACUCAUUUAUUUUUUUGAGUGUUUAUAUAAUUUUGUAAACGGUAGUUCUACUAUCAAGCCACAAAAUAUUAACGAAUUAAUAAAAAUUGGAAAAUGUUGUGACUUGAAUGAAAUUAUUCUUGAUGAUAAGUGUGCAUUAUUAACCGAGACAAAUGAAACAACGAUCUGGAAACCUGAUUUUAUAGAUGAUAAUUUUCCUGUUCGUAAAAAGCAAUAUCUGAAUUUUCAAUUUAAAAUUGGGUUACCAAAUUGUCGUAAUACUGAACAUCAAUGGCAUGUUUACUAUAAUCCGUACAAUCAAAGUCAAGAUCUCCUUGCAAUUUUACCAUCUGGGAGCCUAAGGCAUAUAUUGCAUGAUCGCUGGAAUAAUACUCAAAAUCAAAAAAAUGAGCUUCAUAAUUAUGAAAUUGAUGAUGAUAGUAUAACAGUAGAGUCUCUUUACUUUGAUUACUCAUUUGGACAUUAUUGUGCAGACAAAGCAGUUCUUAGUAAAAAUUCUCUUAUUGCAACUUAUGCGAUGAUAUGUGUUCCUGCAGUUGCUUGGACCGACUCAAAAUAUCUCAUUCAACGAAUAGUGGAUCCAAUAACCCGAGCAUUUGCAAUUAGUUGUUAUUUACUUGUAGCUAUUGUAUAUUUUGUAUUGCCACAGCUACGCGAUCUUGUUGGAAAUAUAAUUACAAGUAUGACCAUGUGCCUUGUAGUAUAUCAAACUGCAUCUACCGUUAAAAUAAUAACAGCAAACGCCAGUCACGUAAGCUUCUUUAUUGCCGAUUCAGUGGCCUAUGUAUCUCUACUAGCAACAUUUUUUUGGCUUAAUUCAUUUGGCUACUUUGUUUGGAGCACAUUUAGGUCACGUAAUAUCUUUUUACGUGUUUCUGAUGGCCAGAAAUAUUGCUAUUAUUCUUCUUAUGUUUGGGGUUCUACUGCAACAAUAUUUGGAACUGCAAUAUUUGCGCACUUUACACUGGAGACCAAUAAAGUAAUUGUCGGUGAUGGAAUCAAUUAUGCUCAGGAAAGUGUUGGAUGGUUAGCAAUGUCUGUAAUUUUUGCUUCUAUAGCAUUGACGAUAAUUGUCAAUAUUUGUUUUAUUGUAAUGACUAUCAAUACAAUUAAACAAACUCGUACAUACGGGAGGAUUCACCACAAAAUAAAAUAUAGUUUUCGAAUGUUCACGCUAUUAUUUGGAAUCUUAAGUUUAGGAUGGCUAUCUUUUAUAAUUUCGCAUUUAAAAUAUGAUUCUUUGAUUUACUGUCAUAUUAUAGUGAAUAUUCUUCAAGCACUUUUCGUAGUCUAUGUAUGUAUAUUCGAACAAAAAAGGGUAUUGUUUCUUUUAAGUAAAACAUGCAAUUGUUGCAAUAGUGUACAAAAUACUACUGACGAUAUUGAUUGGGGAGAAGAAAUGACAGCUAUCAAUGCAGGAUACUAAUUACUUAUAUUAACUUUAAUUCUAUUAUAUAAUGUUAGAUAGAAACAUGAACUCUUAAUGUUUAAAACUUUAUUUUUUUACUUUUCAUACAAACGCUUAAUGUAUCAUUUUAUCACGGAUGAGUAAUUAUUAAAUAUAAAAAUACUUUGAUUAGUUUAAAUAUGAGAUAAUAAGACAAAAAAGUGACCUUAUUUAGUCGAGACUUAGUUAUUUUUAUCUAUAGAUUUUUACGUAUUGAAUUAACAAAAAUAAUGUUUAG